AUGCAACAACAUCUGCCACAGCAGCGGGUGCUACAACGCGCGGAAGCAACACCGCGCCAUCGACAACAACAACCGCCACAGCAGUGGGCAACAACAUCGGCCACAGCAGCGGGUGCUACAACGCGCGGAAGCAACACCGAGCCAUCGAAAACAACAACCGCCACAGCGGCGGGUGCAACAACGCGCGACUACAGCAGCGCGCUACAGCGGCAAAUAAAACGCACAACAACGUGCGCAGGCAACAACAUCUGCCACAGCAGCGGGUGCUACAACGCGCGGAAGCAACACCGAGCCAUCGACCACAACAACCGCCACAGCAGUGGGUGCAACAACGCGCAACUACAGCAGCGCGCUACAGCGGCAAAUAAAACGCACAACAACGUGCGGAGGCAACAACAUCCGCCACAGCAGCGGGUGCUACAACGCGCGGAAGCAACACCGCGCCAUCGAAAACAACAACCGCCACAGCAGCGGGUGCAACAACGCGCGCUACAGCGACAAAUAAAACGCGCUACAACAACUUCACACCAGCAGCAACAACAACAGCAGCAACGUUAA